ACACACACAUGCAUGCACACACACAUACACACAAGCACACACACACACACACACCAGCUAGUCCCUCCUCUGCCUUCGGCGUGUGUGUCCCUAUCUGGCUUCUGUGAAUUGAAGAAACUGGUCGUCGGCAUUCUGGAAUAUUUCGCUGGGCGUGCUGGAAACAGUGGUACUGGACAUGAUGGUGUGAGAGGAGAGAGAGGGAGAGACAGAGAGAGAGAAAGAGAAAGAGGAGGGCAGACGCAGUCCAUUAAGAAGGCAUCGCUGGGGGUGACAGAGGAGCAGCAUGUCUCAGACCAAAAGAUACACGUAUAGCAGGACCACCAGUAGUGGCAGCAGCAGGAUGAGUUCAGACGGUGGUGGUCGUCCGGUGAAGGUGGGCUCGAUGGUGGAGGUGAUCGGGAAGGGGCACAGGGGCACCGUGGCCUACAUCGGCACCACGCUCUUCGCCUCGGGCAAGUGGGUCGGGGUGAUCUUGGACGAGCCCAAGGGCAAGAACGACGGCACCGUGCAGGGCAAGCGCUACUUCACGUGCCAGGAGAACCACGGCAUAUUCGUACGACAAUCACAGAUUCAGUUGGUGGAUGAUGGAGAGAACACUACUUCACCUGAGACCCCUGAACCUACAUCUACAUCUAAAGUGCCAAAAAGAGACAUAUUGGACAACUCGAAGUCGGCUAAACUGCGAGGAGCCAAACCCAAGAAGACUCCUGCCCCCCGUAAGACUACGGCCAGACGGCCUAAGACCACUCGUCCGGUGGGAAAGAUGGGCUCGGGCUCUGCCUCUGCGGCGGAGAUGAGCAGCAGUGAGCCUAGCACUCCGGCUCAAACGCCAUUGGCUGCCCCCGUUCUGCCCUCCCCUGUGGGGACCCUCCCCUCGCCUGGAGCUCCGCCCAUCCCCGCACCCAGCAAGGAGGAGGAGGCGCUGCGCGGGCAGGUGAAGGACCUGGAGGAGAAGCUGGAGACGCUGAAGCUGAAGCGGCAGGAGGACAAGGCCAAGCUCAAGGAGCUGGAGAAGCACAAGAUCCAGCUGGAGCAGCUGCAGGAGUGGAAGAGCAAGAUGCAGGAGCAGCAGAACGAGCUGCAGAAGCAGCUCAAGGAGGCCAAGAAGGAAGCCAAAGACGCUCUGGAGGCUAAGGAGCGCUACAUGGAGGAGAUGUCGGACACGGCGGACGCCAUCGAGAUGGCCACACUGGACAAGGAGAUGGCGGAGGAGAGGGCCGAGUCCCUGCAGCUGGAGGUGGACUCACACAAGGAGCGGGUGGACGAGCUGAGCAUGGACCUGGAGAUCCUCAAGCACGAGAUCGAGGAGAAAGGUUCAGAUGGAGCCGCCUCCAGCUAUCACGUCAAACAGUUAGAGGAGCAGAAUGCAAGACUAAAAGAGGCACUGGUCAGGAUGCGCGACCUGUCGGCGUCGGAGAAGCAGGAGCACGUUAAGCUGCAGCGCCAGACGGAGAAGCUGAACAUGGACCUGGAUGGGCUGCGGGGCCAGAGAGAGAAGCUCACGCAUGAGCUCCGCGGCUCAGAGAAGACCGUCGACGAGCUGAAGGAGCAGGUGGAUGCUGCUUUGGGUGCAGAGGAGAUGGUUGAGAUGUUGACUGAGAGGAAUCUUGACCUGGAAGAGAAAGUGAGAGAGAUGAGAGAGACCGUCAGUGACCUGGAAGCCAUUAACGAGAUGAACGACGAGCUCCAGGAGAAUGCCCGGGAGACGGAGCUGGAGCUGAGGGAGCAGGUGGACCUGGCCACCACCAAGGUCCGCGAGGCGGAGAAGCGCGUGGAGGCGGCGCAGGAGACCGUGGCCGACUACCAGCAGACCAUCCAGAAGUACCGCGAGCUCACCGCCCAACUGCAGGAAGUGAACCGUGAUUUGAUGAGCCAGCAGGAGGCGGAGCAGCAACAGCCUGCACCUGCGGACAUGUUCGACUUCAAGAUCAAAUUUGCUGAAACCAAAGCCCACGCUAAGGCCAUAGAGAUGGAGCUGCGGCAGGUGGAGGUGACACAGGCUAACCGGCACGUGUCUCUGCUCAUGGCCUUCAUGCCCGAGUCCUUCCUGCGGCACGGAGGAGACCACGACUCACUGCUGGUGCUGCUGCUCAUCCCCAGGCUCAUCUGCAAGGCUGAGCUGGUGAGUAAGCAGGCGCGGGAGAAGUUUGAGCUGACGGAGAGCAGCACGGAGGGGGUGGCCAUGAGAGGAGGCCCUGGGGAGCAGAGGAGCUUCGCCGCCGGACUCGUCUACUCCCUCAGCCUGCUGCAGGCCACCCUGCACAAAUACGAACAAGCUCUGAAUCAGUGCAGUGUGGAGGUGUAUAAGAAGAUUGGAGUGCUGUACGCCGAGCUGAGUGCUCACGAGCGCUCGCUGGACUUCCUCAUCGACCUGCUGCAUAGAGACCAGCUGGACGAGACGGUCAACGUGGAGCCCCUCACCAAAGCCAUCAAGUACUAUCAGCAUCUGUAUAGUAUACACCUGAUAGACCAGACAGAGGACUGCACUAUGCAACUGGCAGACCACAUUAAGUUUACCCAGAGUGCAUUAGACUGCAUGGCUGUGGAGGCGGCGCGGUUGCAGGCCUUCCUGCACCCUGGACAGGAAGAGGCGGGGCUUACUGUCCUGCUGAAGGACCUGGAGACUUCGUGUUCGGAUGUGAGGCAGUUCUGCAAGAAGAUUCGCCGCCGCAUGCCCGGCACAGAUGCCCACGGUAUCCCAUCAGCCCUCAGCUUCGGCUCACAGGUGUCAGAGACACUGUCCGAGUGCAGGAAGCAGUUGACCUGGGUGGUGGCCGUGCUACAGGAAGUGGCGGCAGCAGGCGCGCAGCUGAUUGGUCCCCUUAGCGAACAGGAAGGGCUCUCCGCGAUCAAAGUGGAGGACAUGGCCUUCAAAGCAGCAGAGCAGAUCUAUGGAAGUCAGGGAAUAAACCCACAUGAGUGUCUGCGCCAGUCAUGCAGCGUUGUUAUAGCAACCAUGAACAAAAUGGCCACGGCCAUGCAGGAGGGAGAGUAUGAUGCUGAGAGGCCAUCGACUGGGACACCACCCGUAGCUAUCCGUGCUGCCGCUCUGAGGGCGGAGUUUACUGACGCUGAGGGGCGUGGCCUGAAGUUGGAGGACAGAGAGACCGUCAUUAAGGAGCUGAAGAAAUCACUCAAGAUCAAGGGAGAGGAACUGAGCGAGGCGAGUGUGCGUCUCAGCUUGCUGGAGAAGAAGCUGGACAGCUCGUCUAAAGACGCAGACGAACGUGUGGAGAAGAUCCAGACUCAACUGGACGAGACACUUGCUGUGCUGAAGAAGAAAGAGAAGGAGUUUGAAGAGACCAUGGAUGCUCUGCAGGCUGACAUUGACCAGCUGGAGUCAGAGAAGGCGGAGCUAAAGCAGCGCAUCAACAGCCAAUCAAAGAUGACCAUCGAGGGGCUGAGAGGAAGUCCCAACUCUGGCAUCGCCUCUAUCGUCACCGGCAUCACAGGAGAGGCUGGAGUUGUCUAUUCUCCGGGUGUGUGUCCAGGCGUUGGGAUGCAGGUGGUGGACUCUCCUCUGCUGAUGCAGCAGAUAGCCGCUCAGAGACUCAGUAUUAAGCAUCUGAAGAACGAGAACAACAGACUCAAGGCGGAGAGGAUGCGUGCCCAGCUUGCGGCGCUGCCCCCCCUGUGUGUGCCCCGUCUGCCCGCGCGGGGGGGCAGCGAGGUCCAGUCGGGGGCGCUGUACCGCAAGACCCAGCAGCUGCUGGAGACGCUGCUGCAGAUGAGCGCCAACGUCAGGGUGGUGGACAUCACCGGCAAGUCACCGGUAAGCCCAGGUGCCCAGUUGUUAGAGCAGACAGCCAGACUACAGUCCUUAAGUGAAACUCUAGAUCGUCUGAAGGAUGAGGUGGCUGAGCAUGUGGUGACUCAGAAGCCUGGGGCGCGUGUCUCAUCUGACUUUGCCACUUUCCCUUGCACCUCCUUUGUGAAGGCUAAGGAGGAGAGGAGAGGCGAGACUGUUCUGGUUGGCCGAGUGAUGGUUCCGUGUACCCGAGGCCAGGAAGCAGUGCACCGCCUCGUCCUAUCACAGCCUGAGUUACACAGAGUGCACCGCCUACUUCUGACUUAGACCCACCCACUGCUUGGCCAAACACUCCUGCUUGUGCUUUCGACGAAACGUUCUGCCCAUUCCAUGACAGGGUUGCCGAUGCUGACCAUCCGUCUGUUCAUCAUCCCAAUGACAGGAAGUGACCUCACAAGAAUUCUGCUUUCAUAAAACUAGACUUUUACCAGUUUACUGCACUGAAAAAUAACCAAAACAACACAUACCUGAAGUGAGUUGCCUUCAAUAACAAGCUCUGAGGGUUUUGUAGAGCUCUGUAGAAUGUAAGACUACAUUUCUGGCCACAGCUAAGGGCCCUGUUUGAGCCGACUGGUUUUUCUAUGACAUUGGUUGUAAAUGUAAACAGGACAUCUGAAAUCUGGAUUGUAUCUGUAUCUGCAGAGAAACCCCAGGCCGGUCACAGCAUCCAUCAUUUCAGUGAUACCAACUGACAUUACUGGUACGUCAUUCACAAGCACAUGGUCACCUUGUGAAAAUACUCAUCAUGGCUACACUGGCAACCCUUCUCUCCAUCCAGCCAUGCUAUUGCUAUUCAUUGUUAUGCUAAACUCUUCGCUGUAUCUCCCUGCUCCUGGAUUAUCUGCAUGUCAUACUAACACCAAUAGGGAGCUGUGGAGACUCUACUCACUCAACUGACAAAUAUCAUAACCUCCUGCCAUGAUUUGGUAGAGAAGUCCUGCUAUCUUCAUUUACUCUACAAAACUAGCACAGCCAAUUCGUCAAAUAAGUUAAUUGCCUUCAUACAGACAUUCCCUUUAAGCAUGAACACCUUAGACAAGGCACAACAGAGAUAUUUCUCAAUGGAAUGACUAGAAAUGUUUUGGAUGGUUUGCAAUCCUGGCCUGUCCCCUUACUCUCUCUUACUCAUUCUGAGCCUUCAUUAAGCAUGUUGAGAGCCAACACCACAUUGUCCUAAUUCAGCACACAUACACACACACACGCCAAUGCACACUCAAUAGUACCGUCAGACGAUCUCAACAGUACACAAGCACAUGAUUAGGCUUUAAUACAGAAAGGCAGCUUAGGCCAAAGGUGUGUUCCUCAAAUAACCUGCUGUUUGUGCUUUGUCUCUGUGCCGUUGCUGGCUGUGUGUUUUAGUUACAGCUCAAGUGCCAUAGAUUCGUUAUUGGUCCAGAUCUUACAAAUGGAAUAAAACAAGAACAAAAUGAAAUACACAACAUGCAAAAAAAAGGAGAGGGUCUUAAAGGGGUUCUGGAACGGAACUCAGAAUGGUUCUAGAACUGGGUCUGGGUGACAUUUCAAGGCCUGAGCUUGGCUCCGCAGAGAUACUGCUGGGUCUGAGCACAAUGCAGAGGUUGAACGGCUAGGGUCAGGAGGUUAGUAUUUCGUGUACAUCUUUUCUCCAAUUAGCUAAUCAACACAACAGUGACGAGGUAGAGCUAAUGAUUGUGGUCUUCUGCUAGCUAGCUGUACAACUGGAGCAAAUGCUUAAGCAGGUGUUGCUUUCUGACCCUUCUGAUAUUCACCUCUGUAUUGAUGGAUGUAAACUGAAAUGGAUGUAGUUGUAUCCCUCCCACUUGAUGCUUUGCUAUGACAACUGCUGUCAACAGAGCCUGGUGUACCAAGUGCCACAGAAAAAAAGGCUUCAAGUUGGCAGAUCUGGAAGUUAGUAACACAAAGUAAACAAAGAUUGUCAUUGAAAAGUCUGCCCCCUUGUGGCCAACGGCCAGUUGACAGCAGUGGUCGGUGGUGUGCCUUUUGUCGUUAUCGGUUGAUUCAAGCGCAUAGUGAGUGUUUCCUCUGUGGCAUAAUCUGUUACGUAACUAAGGAUGUCAUUCCUUAACUUAGAACAUAUCGUGGGAUAUGCUUUACUCCUCACCCUUUUGGAAGUGAGGUGAUCUGCGUGGUUCAGAGUGUGUUCCCCCCCCGUUCCCUGUCUAAAAACUAGGACGGGACAGAACAAAACCUCAUGUGUCUCUGUUGGAGAUGUUUAUUUGAACAAGUCUUAUGUGUAGUACGUCGGACUGUGUAGUCCCCAAGAUGUGUAUUUAUUGUGUACUUACAGAGUUGCUUAUGAAAAGUGUUAAUGUUGAAAAAAAGUGCUUUACCUGGUCUAUCAACAAGUACUCUGCAGAACUGAUUAUAUAACAAUAAAUGUAGUACAAACACUGAGAA